AUGUUCCAUUUAAUGUCCACCCAGAUGAAGUUCAGGCGGCGCCUGAUGUGGCGGGGCUGGCGCGGCAUGUGGAAUGACGACUGGAUCCCGGACGACCUCGCCGUCUACCCUCGCUGCCGCCUGUGUCGGCUCGACUACGACGACGGCGAGGAGUUUAUCGCAGUCAGCGCGCAGGGCCGGCAGAGUGCCCCGUAUCGCUUCAAGCCUGGUGACUUCCUCUAUGAUGAUGCGCUCGAGAACGGGCUGUACUGUGAAACAACCUUUGCCUCCGUAGACAACACCAUCCUCGUGGUCGGCUGCCAUUCAGACUGCCUCGAGUUCGCUACCAAACUGAUAGAUGCGCAAGAAGCCCAGGGCCUGCAAAGGCUCAAGAGGCAGCGCGACGAUUUCCGCAUGGAGGUGAAGCUGCGCGUGGUGAGCUCCGACGUCUUCUCCGCGGCAAAGCGCAUGUUUGGGGGCAUCCAGCCGCUGAGUCGCGUGAGACCGGACAUGGUGUCCCAAACGCUCCUCAGCCGUCUCUUCCAAGGAGACGGCUCCUGGCAUAGACGGAUGGUUCGAGAGAACAAGGUCCAGAGGCUCAAGCACAUCCAAAAUGAAUUGAUAUACAAUGCCGCGAGGGUGUUGGACCCCAACAGGAUACUGCCGCUGGAGAUAUGGACAAUGAUUGCCGGCUAUCUCACCAAGUCAUAUGGCACGGCCACAUUUGUCUGGUCGACUCAUCGAAAGAGCUCGACAGUGCACCGGGCUCGCGAUAUCUGGGCUACCUAUACCAAGAUUGACGGUAAAAUCUAUCUGUCUAAGCUAUCGAACAGGCGUACUCCCGGUGCAACACUAUUACGUCGAGGCGAUCCCAAAAGAGAGAGGAAGAUGCUCUACAUCAAAGAAGAUCAUAUCGGUAUCAGAAACAUCUUCAUCUCAGUAGCAGCUCCCCCGUUCAUUAGCCCCCCCGACGACCCAACGCGAUGGCGAAACCAUUGCCUCAAAGAAGAGGAUGCCGAACUCACCUUUAUUUCAGAUGGUACUGUUCUCCAACACUACGUGUCCGAUUCAGAGAACCACGUCAUAGCCUCCCGCAGCGAGGUAUUUGAGCGUUGUUCAUGGCCAGAACCGAUCCAGGAAGACGAGCUGAAAACCCUACUACCCCUCAACAUCAAAAGCACAAUGGGAUGGAUGAGGCCGGGAGAGGUGCCGGCUGAGAUUGAGAUCAUCAUGGUCGACUGGGACAUUGAGAUGACUUGGAGAUCCCAGUUCAAAAUGAGAGACCUGCCUCUGAACCGGCCUAACUGCGUGGGCUAUUCGGCGUGCUGGGUGUCGAGGGCGAGCUGCAAGGCGCGCAAAGGAAAAGGCACCCCGAUAUACCUUGUUGGACUCCACGCCCACGAGGCUGGGGAGAGUCUUGACUUCUAUCGGGCCACCGACGCCCAAACGUGCCAGACGUUUUGGACCUACAUGCCUCUGCAAGCCGGGGAGCAGAUCAAGCAUAUCUGGGGCAAAAGGGGACGAGACGACAGACUCACCCUUUCUUGGGAUACUACUCUUGAUCGCCAGAUUACAGUCGGCGCAGACAAGCUACGAUACAACUCCCUCGACACGUGGCACUGCAUCGCGGCGCCCACGACAGCCAGCCCAGACCGCCUGUGGAUGAGAUACCUCGACUGGUCCGGGGGUGUCGUCCGCUCGCUGGCCGGCCCGGUGCGCGGGACCAACCCGCAGCGUGAAUCCAGACCGUCCCAGAGUCUCUGCAAAGGGAUGCAGGACCCUCUGCCGUUCCUCCUCCACUCUGAGACCUCCCUGCGCAACGUAUCACGCGUGACCGCGUGCCGACUCACAGACGGCACCUCGUCGCGCGUGUCUGGGCUUGUAUUCCGCUUCCAGGAUGGCUCCGAGACGGCCGUGGGGAACGUCCGGCUGGACUGCCUUGACGAGGAUGCGAUGGAGAUACCCUCCGCCUCCCCGGGGCUCUUCCUGGGACUCAGCGACACGGAUGGCCUGCGCCAGGUUCAUGAGGUGGGUGUGGUCAAGUCGGACUGCAAGGCAUGGCUCAAUUGGGAGGUGUUCCCCUGGGAUGGGACGCUUGUGUGGUGGUUUGAUUACCUUACAUGCUCGAUCCGCCAUAGCUCUGGGGUGGAGGUGAGCAAUCUGGAGGCCGCAUGA